CCGUGCGCCCAACCCCUUGAAGCUGAGGCAGGGCACCGACACCAAUAGUCCUGUCUGCUUUCUUCCCGCCCUCUCUCCCCCGUCCCUCUCGGUCAUGUAACACAACGCCCACGACUCGGUCUCUUUUUGGGAGCUGUGGACCCAGAAAUCAUGCAAUGCUGCAGUGCUUCUUGGAAGGAUGCUCCCAAAAUCAAGAUGCGGGUGUGGACCCGCCCGAGGGAUAAACCCGGGAGCCCUAUAACGGACAUUUUACCAUAUACUGUGGGCCCUUGCUGCCGCCUGCCUCCACCCAGAAACAGGGCAGCAAGCUCGUGGACUGGCGGGAAAUAAGUGCCGCUCUUGCAACAAUCCUUUGCCUGCGGUUAGCUGAGGUGGAGGCAAGGUGAAGGUCAACCGGGGUGGCCGACAUCGUCCGCUCAUAAGGAAUACGGGCGGCUGCCUGGGCGCUGCCACAAACAUCCUUCCACCCCGUCCUCCCAUGAUCCGUAUAGGUCUUGCAGCAAACAAACCCAAGAGCAAACGCUCGCCCGCCAGGAGCCCUUACCCCCCUAACAACCACCAGAUGGGGUCUGUUGGAAAUAUGGCGUCGCCCACAACUCGGACAAGGUCGACCAGCUCGGUGAAGACACUUAGGUCGGGACGGCCGACUAAGGGCAGCCGGUCAAAGUCCACCCCGCUCUUGAUGGGCGACGUCACCGAGGAGGAAGGGCAAGCGGCAUCCCCUAUCAUCUUCGACCAGGAUGGAGACCUACACCUCGCCGUGGGCACGGCCAAGGUGAACCCGAUGCGAUUUGUCGUCUGCUCGCGGACGCUGGCGCGGGCUUCGCCAGUGUUCAGGACAAUGCUUUUCGGCGCUUUCAGCGAGUCUUCAAGGCCGGGAGGGGCCCAGAGGACCAGCUCCCAGGCAAGCGCAACUAGCGGCUCGGACAGCGCCGCAUUAGGUAGUUUGAGCUCGUCAUCCGGUAGCUGCUUGGCACUCUCGUCCUCGUCGCUAUCCCUGCCAUCCGCAUCAGUACCGGAUGCAUCAUCAACAGAAUUCCCGAUAACCCCACCAUCGUCUACCACCUCGCCGACGUCCCUGGCGUUGCCAAAAGAGCAGGACGAGUGGACGGCCGAGCUGCCCGAGGACGACCCGCGGGCGUUCCGCAUCCUCAUGGGCAUCAUCCACAGCAGCUUCGCCGAGCACGUCCCCGAGACCAUCGAGCUGGUGGAGCUGUUCCACGUCGCGAUCCUCGCGGACAAGUACGACAUGACGCACCUGCUGCGCCCCUGGGCGGAAGGCUGGUGCUCGUCCCAGCGGGGGCGCCGCCACCCCUACCGCCUGUGGAUCGCGUGGGUGCUCGGGGACGAUACCAUGUUCGAGUCGGAGGCCCGGCGGCUCGCGCUGGGCUGCCCGGUCAACAAGUACGGGCAGCUGCUCAUCCGGUGCACCAACGGGAACUUGAUGCCGCUCGAGACCUUUGACUAUCUGAGGUUACCGGAUAUAUUAGAACCCAUCGCCGCCACCCGGCUCGAGGCGGCGGACCAGAUCCUGCAAAAGAUCACGGCGGUGCAUCGCAAGCUCGCGACGGCCAACGGGCGGCACUGCCGCGAGCCCACGGCCAGUACCAAGCAGGAGUGCCGGCUCGACUGCGAGAACGCGCUGCUGGGCUCCAUGGUCAAGGCCCUCGACGCCUGCGGCCUCUGGCCCAUCCCGGCGGCGCCCCAGCUGACCGUCAGCCUGGACGCACUCGUGGCCAAGGUGGCGAGCGCGGCCCAGAUGAUCCGCCCGCUCAGCUCGUCGUCGGGCAGCUCCAUGUCCCCGAUGGGCGGCGGCGUCAGGCACGCCGGGUGCAACCCGGGCACCGAGGUCGAAGACUUUGCGCGCCGCGUCCUGGCCGGCGUGCCCACGCCCGUGCAGCACGCCCACCUGACGCACAUGGAGCUGCAGGCCGUCAAGUCGGGCCUGUCCGUCGGCACGGACAAGGCUGAGCUCUGAGGGAGGGGGGUGAGCUCCGUGGCGGGUGGGGGUUUGCUGUAGAUCACGGGAUACGUUGCGGGCCCGAUCUAGAGAUUUUACGGGUUUGUUGCUUUGUUUGAUGAUGUCGCGUGGGGCCUCGUCGUCUGCUUUCGUUUUGCUCUUUUGAUGACGGCCCCGAGUUGGAUGUCUCGCAUGCGGCGGGAUCAUCAGUCCUUUUGCGUUUGUUACUGCAUUAUUGUAAUGAUCAUGUUGGGAAAGCGUAGUCCUUUUAAUUAUGAUUAGGAAAAGCUGUUAGAGACUAUUGGUUGUGCAACGAGGUGCCAUCUCAUAACGUGGGAUCUUGUCAAUUUCCGGGUUUGCUCCUUUUAUCGUACGACUUGCGAUGUUCAUCUUGCAAACAAAACAGUCUUAUAUAAUAUUCAAUAUCCCCUUGACUGCAGCAAAGAAAAUGAGGCAAAUAGGAAAUGGC